AAUAAUUGUAUAAAUUACCCAGUUCAGACUCAAACAAGUACGCGAGAGUGUGUCUCUCAUAAUGGCCAACAGAAUUAUUUUGUUGUUCAUUUUGUUAUUUUGUUUACUAGUCACAAUUACAGAAGGCCGAUUUGGUGGAAGUCGAAGCAGUAGCCGGAGCCGUAGUCGAAGCAGUAGUGGAAGUGGUAGUUGGAGUUGGGGAAGCCAUAGUCAUGUAGCCACUAUUGGAUUCCAUACAAGUGAUAUAAGUAAACAUACUUCAAAUUCUGGAGGUUAUAGUUAUCCGAUAUCCUCUUCAGGUUUAUCAGGCAAUAAUAUAUAUAAACCAGGUACAUCUUCUGGUAAAUUUUCAUCUACAAAAUUUGGUGGCGAAUUAGAAAACAAGCCUCCAUUCAGUCAUAACCAGCAACCGAUGCUAAGAACCUCUGGAGCAGAUCAUCAAUAUCCACCUACUUCAGGAUUAUCAGGAGCCGACAAAAAUAAACCAGCUUUACUGCAAGAUGGGUCACAUUUUAGUCACAAUUAUCCAGAAUCUCUCACAAGUUUAUCAGGAGAUAAUAACUACAAGCCACUUUCAUAUUUAAUACCAUCUAAAAGCAGUGAUGGUUAUCAUCUAUCGUCAACAGGAUUAUCAGGCAGUAAUAAUAAGGUAAAUCAAUUGAAUAGUUACAGUUAUAAACCUUCUAUACCAAACGAACCUUCUGUAUUAAGAGUUCAUUUAAAUAAAGAUACCACAUCACUGAAGCCUACUUUGAAUCACAAUUAUCCAGUGUCCUCAUCAGGCAUGUCAGGAAGUAAAACCAAUAUAACACAUGCUGGUCAAGAAUAUCCUACAUUAUUACCACGAGUAUCGAGUGGAAACAUAACAAGUAUGAGUUCUAACCAUCCAUCAACAUCUGUUAGAAAUAAUUCACUUGCGUCAUCGGAAAUAUUAGGAUCUGGUCCCUAUAAGAAAUUGAAUUCAACAAUAUCCACAAAAUUUAGUACUGGAUACAUAUACCCCAUGACGUUGCCUACUUUAUCGAACAUUAAUCAUAACAAUUCACCUCCAUUAUCAAAACCCGGAUACUUUAAUGUUUACCCCACAACUCCAUCAUCUGGAUCAAUGUACAGUUACACAGCAUCGCCUACGAAACUAUCGGGUUCCGGUCAUACCCAUACAUCUGGCUCUUUCCAUAAUUAUCCACUGUCUGUUACGGGAUUAUCUGGAUCAGGCAGUAACCAGGCACCAGUAGUAUUCAACUCAGGAUCACGGAACUCGUAUAGUACGGUUAAUAGAAAUGUAGAUAUGGGUAUCCACAAUCAUGUGCGUUAUGGUGGUACACGCUAUGGAAAAACAAACAAUAAGCCUUAUUAUAGUACUUCGAGCUAUUAUACAUCUCCUCAGUAUGUUUAUAUAAGUGAGUAUAGAAAUUCUGGGAGCCAAUAUAGCGAUCUGAUAACUGGUUUAGCAAUGUACAAUUUAGGUCGUACACACAGUCAUUAUUACGACCAUUAUUACUAUGACGAUUAUUAUAGAAGACGAUAUGAAUCUUCAAAUUCUUAUACAUCUAAUAAUAGGCCACAAGAUUCGGCUAUAUGUACUCUGAAAGUAAAAGAGGAUAACAAUAUGGUAAAAGCACUAAGAAUACCUUGUGAAAUAGUUUCAACUUUUACUAAAGAUGCUAUAAGUAUUGAAAUGAAACCUGAAAGUUAUACGAAUCAAACAGUCUGUGUAACAAAUUCAACCACUAUUAAUGUCAACGUGGUUGGAAAUAUUACAGAUAAUAACAUUACAACUUGUACAUAUACGGUGAACAUUACCGAUCCCCUAACCAUGAAAGGUCCACCAGUAUCAUCAUCUAAAAUGGAAUGUGCAGUGGGAAUUCAGACUAAAGAUAGUUAUUUGCAAAACAAUGUAGAUUGUAACGUCUUACUAAAGUAUGCAAAAAUGCCUGAACCGAAGAAAGGGGAAAGUAUCAUCAUGCCUUCAAGGGAAAAAUUGAAAUCUUGGCUGGCGAAGCCACCUUGGUGGAUGUCUUUGUUUAUAAGUGUAUAAAUAAGUGUGACGACGAUAAUAAGUAAUAUUGGUUGGGUCUUGUUUAUUCAAUUGAUUGUAAGAAUUCUAGAACGUAAUGUAUUUCUUUAUAUAUCGGCCUGUCGGCCAUAAUUUUGCUUUUUUAUGUUUAUAUUCCUUAAUUUAAAAAAGGUAUGACUUUUUUAUGUC